CUCAAAAAUCCUCUUCUUUCUUAUUUUUUCUUAUUUUUUUUAAUUUUUUUUGAAGGAUUAUCAUUAUGGGAAGAGAGGUAAUUAAGAGUAUAUGGAUAAUGUUAAUUAUGUUGAGUUUAUUAUUAGGGUAUAAUAAUAAUUAUGUGACAAAAGGUGAACCACAAGUACCUUGUUACUUUAUAUUUGGUGAUUCAUUAGUGGAUAAUGGGAAUAAUAAUGUGAUUAGGUCAUUAGCUAGAGCUGAUUAUUUGCCUUAUGGAAUUGAUUUCCCUGAUGGACCAACUGGAAGAUUUUCCAAUGGUAAAACUACUGUUGAUGUUAUUGCUGAGCUUUUGGGGUUUGAUGAUUAUAUUCCACCUUAUGCAACUGCAAGGGGUAGACAAAUAUUGAGGGGUGUCAAUCUUGCAUCUGCUGCUGCUGGAAUUAGAGAAGAAACUGGACAACAAUUGGUACUUAUUUUAUAUUUUAUUUUUAUUAUUAUUACAGUCGCCUUAUUUUAUGUGAUUGUAUUUGACUGAUUACGUAUAAACAAUAGCAAAACAAGAAGAGUAAAAUAUCAAGUACCUUCUGAAUUAUGAUCAAAUUUGUUACGACACACUCUAAUUUUACAGGGGUCCUAUUACCCCUAAGCUAAAUUUUAGCAUAUUUUUAUCAACCUUUUUAGCUGAUGUGAUACCUUUUAUCAAUAUUUUUAGCUGAUGUGGUACCACUGAUGUGGGCCACAUUUAUGUAAUAAGGGUGCCACAUCAGCAUAAAUGGAUGACAAAAAUACGCUAAAAUUUAGUUCGGGAGAGAAUAAGACCCUGUGAAGUUAAAGUGUGUCGUGACAACUUUGACCGUAGUUCGAAGGAUCUGGAUGCUUAUCUCAAACAAGAAAUUUCACUUAUGGUGUUUGAUAUGUUUAAUGUGUCUGGUAUAGUAUAUUUAACCUACCCUUGUGGGCUAGAUCAUAAUUAGAAUAUAUUGUACGCAAUCUUAUUUCUGCAUAUCAGCAAGAGACUGUUUCCAUAGCUCGAACGCGUGGCCUCCUAGUCACAUGACAAAACACUUUCUUUUUUUUAGUACUUCCUCCGUUUUAACAUAUUUGUCUGGUUUCGACAUGAUGUGAAAUUUAAGAAAGUACAGAAGACUUUUGAAUUUUGUGCUCUUAAAAUAAAGAUACAUAGAAUAUACCAAAAUACCCUACGAUUAAUUCUAUUGUUUUAAACAUGUCAAGUGUAAAGUUAAAAUGAAAGAGUUGCCAGAAAAGAAAUCUUUUUGAAACGGACUUAAAAAAAAGUAAGACAAACAGCUUGAAACGAAUAGAGUGGUAAAUGAGUACUUUUAGUUUUGAGUAAAGCAUCUAGUACCCUUGAACUAUGACCAAAUUUGCUACGACGGGGAUCUUAUUACCCUUCUAAACUCAAUUUUAGCAUAUUUUUUUACCAUUUUGUGCUGACGUGACACCUUUUGUCAACCUUUUUAGUUAACGUGAAACCUUUGACGAGG